CUCUUCAAGAAUGAUAUAGAAACUACCAUUAGUACCUCCAAGCCUACAUUCGCCAGGCGCCCCACUCCCGGGAAGAGAGAAUUCUUCAGGCCAAGUUAGCCAUCAUGAUCUAGCGUGUAAUUCUCUUUCUAUAGAAACUUUCCUUAAUCGGAAGAAGCCAGAGGUACUGAGAACAUUUUAGGUGCUGGUCAUUUAGCAGGGAUAUUAGUUUCAGCACAUAAAGAGAAUCAAGAAUGAGAUUAGCAUGUAUCACACUUGUGUUACUAUUGGCACAGAUGAGGUCUGCGCAGUCUCAGAUUGGGCCGUGUGACAAGGUCAACUAUCUGUACCGCCACCCGGGCGAUUGCUACAAAUUCUUGGCUUGCACCACAUACGGGGCCGUACCAAUGGACUGUCCGGCCAACCUGGUCUUCUACGAGAGAGAGCAGCGGUGUGAUUACAAGUACCUGGUGCCAGAAUGUCGAGAUAACGGAGACCCCAACCCUUGUUAUCAGAACAGAUGUUACCGAGGUUCUUGUCAGAUAGACUCGACCAAGUCUUUAGGUUAUACGUGUGUAUGUGAGCAGGGAUUUACCGGAACUGACUGCUCCAUAGACAUUGAUGAAUGCAGCAGUUCCCCAUGUCUCAACGGAGGCGCAUGUACAAACCUUCCAGGGAACUACUCUUGUACCUGCUACAAUGGCUACUCUGGGCCACGAUGUGAGAUCCCCCCAUGUUCUACCAGCACUUGUAUCCAAGGUUACUGUAGCUCUGCCACUCAGUGUACAUGCUACUCUGGCUACACAGGGGUCAAGUGUGACACAGCCCCUUGCCCCGUGUACCCAUGCCCAGUGGAUGUGCCCAGUUACAGCUACCCGUCCUGGGAGGACCUGAACUGUCAGUCCUACUACAACUGCAACAGGGGAUCGCUGGUCAAACGCACGUGCCCGUUCGGCCAGAAGUUCGACGUGGUUACGUUGGCCUGCCAGAACCAGAACGAGCCAGAUCGCUUCUUUUGUGAUAUCUUCAUCGGUUCACCAGUCUAGGAAACUUUGUUUUGUUUUGUUGUGUUGUUCGAUGUUGAUUACACUUUUUAACUAUUUCUUUUUUAAGUCUUAGAGGUUUGGAUAAAUGCUGUACAUUUAAACACUCUUUUAUUCCUUUUAAGGAUCUGUAGUUAGUGAUAAGCUAAUGAAAUACUCAGAUGAUAGUCAAAUAAUGAGAACCAUAGACAUAAAUAAAUAUAGACUGGCCGAAGGAAGUUACUUCAUGUAACUUGAAAACAUGUAUAUCUAUUGUAUUCGGAUUUCCGAAUUAUGAAAAAUUAUAUGAUCUUCAGUGUUAGAGAUUUAAAAAAAAACACUAGUGAAAAUAAUGUAAUACUUAUAUAGGUUAUGGCUGAAAUAGAUAUGAAUACUUAACGUUUAUACUGCUCUUAAAUGCUGUAUAAUAAAGUACACAAAAUUGCAAGUCACAAAUUUUCGUUUCAUAAAACUCUCCAGUCUAUAUUUAUUUAUGUCUAUGGUGAGAACAUGAUCAAAGUUCGAAAAACAUUUCCAUCAUUAUGAUAAGAUAUUGUUUCGUUAAUAUUAAUCUCAAUUUUUAAUGAUCGAUUGGCCUAUCUCAAAUGUUCAUGUGUGGUUGACUUAACAGGCUCAGACAACUCUUAAUCGACAAUCUCAACUCAAAACUUUAAAUUUAAGAAAAUAUUAUUUCCCCUUUUGUUUUAUUCAUAAGGGUACUUGGACCAACACGCGAUUUCACCAUUGAGAUUCGGUCCUCGGUGAUUCAGUAAGGGUUUGGACCUCAAGUUUUACAUUUAAAUUAACUUACAGAUACAUUUUAAUUUAAAUACAGUGUCUAUAUAUUUUUAUAUUUGUUCCAUUAUCGGGUACGAAUUCACUCAUUAAAUGUACAUUUUUUGAAAAGAUGUUAAUAAAUUUGUUGCAUUGUCGGCAGGCAGAUUUUGACAAUAA